UCUGCUGUCUCCCUUGCAGAAUUGCACUGUAGAGAACCCGAACCAUUGCAAAAUGGAUGGAUGAAGCACUUGUCUGGGACUCCGAAUGAAUACCUGUCAGUCAUCCAGUAUGGCUGUGAUCCUUCGUACUCUCUCCAAGGUCACGACAACGUGACGUUCACUUGUGAAGCAGGCGCACAAUGGAAAUCCAACACGGCAAAUGUUCAAACCCCUUUCUGCACACCAGUCUGUGGGCAGCUGGAUCCUCGCGUUCAAAAUGAAGACAACGGGAUUCCCAAAGGUGGCUUCCCGUGGCAAGCGUUCCUGGUUGUUCAAGGAAGGCCGCAUGAGAGCGCCACAGUCAUUGGCGACCGCUGGCUCUUGACUGCAGCGCACGUAGCCCUUGAAUUUGGAAGUGUGAAAGAUGAGAUGCGGAUAGUAGUGGGCGCGAUCGACCUUUCCGGAUCCAGCUUCAAUUUUGUGGACGCGGCUUCAUUUCACGUCCACCCUGAUUUCCGCUACGACCUCCACCGCGAAUUGAACGUGAGCCACAACAUCGCUUUGAUCAAACUGAGAGAACCGCUCACCUUCAAUGAAACCGUCAGGCCUCUCUGCUUGCCGACCGUUGAAACCCUACACAACCAUGGCACAGUGGGAAAAGUUGUGAACCUCGACUUAUUAGUGCAUCUAUCUCAGUCCAAUCCACAAGAUCAGUUGGACAUAGACUGGACCGCACUUGACGACAACACGUGCCACAUGUUACGCGAGGAACUCAUCCUCGGCUUAGACAGAAACGUGCCACCACUGCCAAACGGCAUGUUCUGUGUCCAACACCCUGCUCGUUCGUUACCAAUGUGCGACGGUCUCAGUGGCACGCCCUUCACCGUGAAAUACAACGGAUCGCACUGGGCUGCAGGCAUUGUCAGCUGGUCGUUUCGCUGCAGUCACGACACCGUUCGCUACUUUACCAAAGUUCUCAACUAUAUUGACUGGAUCCGAGACACAAUGCAGAAGAACAGCUGAAUUGAUCCGACUCCACAAAUGCUGAUAUACAGUCGACGCUAAC